GCGGGGGUUUUGGUUUUCCUGUCUCUGUUUUGCUUGGCUGAUGGUGGAAAGCUGUUGGUGGUGCCAAUGGAUGGGAGUCACUGGCUCAGCAUGCGCUCAGUGCUGGUGGCCCUCAGCCAGAAAGAGCAUGAAAUUGUUGUCGUCGCACCAGAAGUAAACUUGAAUGUGAAGGCAUCUGAAUAUUACACUCUCAAAACAUAUCCAGUGCCUUUAACGACGGAAGAACUGGGAGCAAGCAUGCAUUCAUUUGCAAAUGAUCUUUUUGAGAGAAGACCUUUUCUUCAAAGAAUUACUGCGCUUUAUGAAAAAGUUCAAGUCAUCUCUAGCCUCUACGUCUCUUCCUGUACCAGUUUACUGCACAAUAAGGACCUGAUGCAAUACCUUGAAGGGAGUAAAUUUGAUGCUGUUCUCACAGAUCCUGUUGUACCAUGUGGACAAAUACUGGCUCUGCAUCUCUCUGUCCCAUCUGUUUUCUUUUUACGGGGACUCCCCUGCAGUUUUGAUUUGCAGGCUACCCAGUGUCCAGACCCCCCUUCAUACGUCCCAAGAACAUUUACAGACAACUCGGACCAUAUGACGUUUGUCCAGCGCGUGGAAAACUUAUUUCUGAAAUCAGCAGAAUCCUUUCUUUGCAAUUUUGCCUAUUUGCCAUUUGAACUUCUGGCCUCAGAUAUUCUCCACAGACCAGUAUCAAUGAAGGAGCUCUUAAGCCAUGGAUCCAUUUGGCUUAAAAGAAUGGAUUUUGUUUUCGAGUAUCCCAUGCCAGUGAUGCCUAACAUAGUUUUCAUUGGAGGCAUAAACUGCGGAAGGAAAAAGCCAUUAUCUCAGGUACUCUUCUAUAGUGUUAGCAGGAUCUAA